ACAAAUUUAUUUGGAUUUAUUCCUACAAUAUAUGUUAGUCAAUCUGGUUUAGCCCAAUUUGAGAAUAUUCAAUCUGCCAUUGAUUCAAUUCCUUCCAAUAAUUCUGAUUGGAUUUGCAUCUUCAUCAACUCUGGCUUGUACAAGUAAGUCUCCACACUCCUCUUCAUAUUUAUUUAUGGAUGCGUUAAACAAUCUGAAUGCAGUGGCGAAUCUAAGAUUUAGAGUCACUAAAUUAGGUUCUCUUUGUAUAAGUGCUAGUUCUCUUGCACAUACAUAAAUUGAGUUAGGUACAGCGAAUUCUGUCAAACAUUUUUUGUGAGGUAUCCGUAUGAGAUGUGCUUGAUGGAAAUAAAAAGCCGUCAAAAAUCCCAGAUUUUCAACGGAAUACGGGAACCUCUGUGGACAAAACAGGUGUUUCGAAUAGUGUGAAUCCAUCGAGUCUAAUUUAGAUAUGCAUUCCAUUUUCUACACUCACAUAUAUAGUUUGAGCAUUAUUAUUAUUAUUAUUAUUAUUAUUAUUAUUAUUAUUAUUAUUAUUAUUAUUAUUGUUGUUGUUGUUUUUGUUUUAAUGUUUAGUUUUAAGUACUUGGAUUCUACAUACAUCAUGUAUAUCCUUCAAAAAUGAAACCGAUGAAAUUUUUGGAUAAAAGUUUUUUUUCCCCUUUUGGAAAUAGAGUUUGUACAAAAAGAAAAUGAAAUUUUCUUAAUUACGACUUCUUGAAGAUUUGUAAGUGUCUUGUGACUUGUGAGUGGAAGAAGAACUUUAUUUGAAAACUACCCUUAUAAUAUUUCUUCAAAAAUAGUUUUUUGAAUAGUUCUUUUACAAAAACUUCUUGAAAAAUACUUAAACAAACACGUUUUUUUUUUUAUUUUGGUUUGUAAUAUUCAAAUAAACAAUUCAUGAAAAACAUGACUAUACUAAAAAGAUUAAGGGAGAGAAAAAUGCAAUGAUAUCAAAAUUCAAAACAACUUUCAACACAAAAAAUGUCGCAUCUAUACAUAUUGUACCAUAUAGGACGACAAUUGCUGUGAGACCAUAAAUUGAAGGUGAACAUAUUUUGUGACUUUUUUUACAUACGACUAGUUACACAAGUAAAAUUUAAUUAUUAUGAGAGAGAGACACUACUGAUAAAUCUACCAAAAAUAAUUAGUUGGGAGAGAGCAGUGAGAGUUAAUUAAGUUAGUAAUUAUCAUUAUUAUCCCACUACUAGCUAGUAAUUAACUAGAAACUCCUGACUUUCCGUUUAUCUAAAAAAUACCCAAAAAUCUGUUCUCAUGAACUUCACUUCAUUUUGACUUUCUUUUACCCCACUUUUCUAUUUUGACUUUUCAUUUCAUAAAUUUUGUCCUGAACUUCAAUUCAUCAAACUAUAUAUAUUCAAGGUUCUUUCUCGUUCUUCUUACAAAUAUAAGUUUCAGAAAAUGGUGCUACAUUUCUUUAAAAGUAUAGCACUUUUGUUUUUGUUUUAUGGACUAGCAAAUGGAAGAGAAUUGCAAUGGCUAUCAAUUGGAACAAAUUUAUUUGGAUAUGUUCGAUCAAUUCGAACAAUCUAUGUAGGUCAAUCUGGUCAUGCUCAAUUUAAGAAAAUUCAAGCUGCCAUUAAUUCAAUUCCUUCCAAUAAUUCUCAUUGGAUUUGCAUCUUCAUCAGACCUGGCUUGUACAAAGAACAGGUGCAAAUUCCAGGUGAUAAACCUUUUAUUUAUUUAAAAGGUGCAGAUGUAAGAACAACUAUUGUGAUGUGGGAUGCUCAUGACUCACUUAUAACAAGUGCAACUUUUUCCUCUUUUGCUGACAAUAUCGUAGUGGAAAAUAUAAAUUUUACAAAUUCUUACAAUUACCCAUUUAAGAAAAAUGGAAAUCCAAUGAAACCAGCAUUAGCAACAAUUGUUUCUGGGGACAAAACUGCAUUUUAUGGAUGUGCUUUCUCUGGUUUGCAAGAUACUUUGUUGGAUGAUAGUGGCAAACAUUAUUUUAAGCUUUGUACCAUUGAAGGAGCCAUGGAUUUUAUUUUUGGCACCGGUCAAUCCAUUUAUGAGGAAUGUACAAUAUUGGUGAAUGCUGGAUCAGUAGCACCAGAUUAUGGAGGAUACAUAACAGCACAAGGGAGAUCAGAUCCAAAUGAUGCAAAUGGAUUUGUGUUCAAGAAUUGCAAAGUGAUUGGGACAGGCAAGGCAUUCUUAGGAAGGGCAUGGAGGAGUAAUGCUAGGGUCUUAUUUUAUAAGACUUCCCUUUCCGACAUCAUUGUUCCUCAAGGUUGGGAUGCUUGGAAUUUCGAAGGCCAUGAGGACCAAUUGACUUUCUCAGAAGAAGACUGUGAUGGAUCAGGAGCAGACACAUCAAAGAGAGUUAAAUGGGAAAAGAAGCUAAGCAAAAAAAUAGUGGAAUCAUUGACAGAUCUGUCCUUCAUUGAUACUGACAAUUGGAUUAAUGGACAGCCUUUUAUCUUGUUAAAUUAGAGAAUUAAGGGUCACAGUUUAAUAAUUGACUCAAGCAAAUUAUGUGUUUUUCUUUCUUCUUCUUUAAUUCCUUUCUUUUGUAUGACCCUUCACUCCACUUAUAUGUACUUCUAUAUCCAAGAACAUGAAUAGAAAACCUAAUGUUAUUUGA